AUGUGUGGUGGUGGUGGUGGUGGUGGUGGUGGUGGUGGUGGUGGUGGUGGUGGAACAAGGACACUCACCGCUCAGUUGGAGGACACAUUCAUUGAAGACGAUUUUACCAGAGCAGAGAACAUCUUCGGCUCGAACAUUCGUAACAAUAGUCGGCGCGACGUAUUUUUCCACCAUAUCGAAAGUUCCUCCCACGAUCUUCUCUCCCUCCGUCUGCUUCAGAAGACGGGCCAGGCGCCUGAGUGGUCAAAAAGGGAAGCUUUUUAG